UUCAAUAAUUUUUAUACAUUUUAACUGAAUAAGAAUAACACAAGUGGUCACAAUGGUAGCAAUUGGUAUUGAUUUGGGUACAACAUACUCCUGUGUUGGUGUCUUCCAACAUGGUAAAGUAGAGAUCAUUGCCAACGAUCAAGGCAACCGCACAACACCCAGUUAUGUUGCCUUCACAGACACUGAACGUCUCAUUGGUGAUGCGGCCAAAAAUCAGGUUGCCAUGAACCCCAGAAACACAGUAUUUGAUGCAAAACGUCUUAUUGGUCGCAAAUACGAUGAUCCCAAGAUAAUGGAAGAUAUUAAGCACUGGCCAUUCAAAGUGGUCAGUGAUGGUGGCAAACCUAAAAUCGGCGUAGAAUUCAAAGGUGAACAAAAGAAAUUCGCACCAGAAGAGAUCAGUUCAAUGGUAUUGACUAAGAUGAAAGAGACUGCCGAAUCCUAUUUGGGCCAGACAGUAACAGAUGCAGUUAUCACAGUUCCCGCCUACUUCAAUGAUUCCCAACGUCAGGCUACCAAAGAUGCUGGUCGUAUUGCUGGCUUAAAUGUAAUGAGAAUUAUCAAUGAACCCACAGCGGCUGCUCUAGCAUAUGGUCUCGAUAAGAACUUGAAAGGUGAACGGAAUGUACUCAUCUUUGACUUGGGCGGUGGCACCUUCGAUGUCUCCAUCUUGACCAUCGAUGAAGGCUCUUUAUUUGAAGUGAGAGCAACUGCUGGUGAUACUCACUUGGGUGGUGAAGAUUUUGACAACAGACUCGUCUCACAUCUGGCCGACGAAUUCAAACGCAAGUACAAGAAAGAUUUACGCUCUAAUCCCAGAGCAUUGAGACGCCUAAGAACUGCUGCUGAACGUGCCAAACGUACACUGUCAUCCAGCACAGAGGCCUCCAUUGAAAUCGAUGCGCUGUUUGAAGGUCAAGACUACUAUACCAAAAUCAGCCGUGCCCGAUUUGAGGAAUUGUGUGCCGAUUUAUUCCGUCAAACAUUGGAACCAGUUGAGAAGGCUCUCAAUGAUGCUAAAAUGGACAAGAACCAAAUACACGAUAUUGUCCUGGUGGGUGGUUCUACUCGCAUUCCUAAAGUACAAAAUCUACUACAACAAUUCUUCUGCGGCAAGAGUCUUAACUUGUCCAUUAAUCCUGAUGAAGCAGUGGCCUACGGAGCAGCUGUUCAAGCAGCCAUACUUAGUGGAGACAAGAGCAGCGCCAUCCAAGAUGUGCUAUUGGUAGAUGUGGCUCCACUAUCACUUGGUAUAGAGACAGCUGGCGGUGUAAUGACAAAGAUCAUCGAGCGCAACAGCCGCAUUCCAUGCAAACAAACACAAACCUUUUCCACUUAUUCAGAUAAUCAACCUGGUGUUUCCAUUCAAGUGUUUGAAGGUGAACGUGUCAUGACAAGAGACAACAACAAAUUGGGCACGUUUGAUCUAUCCGGAAUUCCACCUGCUCCUCGUGGUGUGCCACAAAUUGAAGUCACCUUCGACUUGGAUGCCAAUGGCAUUCUAAAUGUCUCUGCAAAGGAAAUGAGUUCGGGUAAUGUUAAGAACAUCACUAUCAAAAACGAUAAGGGUCGUCUAUCUCAAGCUGAAAUCGAUCGUAUGGUCAAUGAGGCUGAGAAAUUCGCUGAUGAAGAUGAGAAGCAGAGAAAUAAGAUUAGUGCUCGCAACAACCUAGAAAGUUAUGUGUUUGGGGUAAAACAAGCAUUGGAUCAAGCUGGCGAUAAGAUUCCAGCACAUGAAAAGAGUGAAGCAGUUAGAGCAUGCGAAGAAACAAUAAAGUGGCUGGAUGCCAAUACAUUGGCUGAAAAAGAAGAAUACGACGAGAAGAUGAACUCACUCACAAAAUUAUGCACACCAAUAAUGACUAAACUACACAAUGGUGGAGGUGCUGGAGCUUCUUCAUGUGGUCAACAGGCAGGUGGAUUUGGAGCGGGCAGAAGUGGUCCUACUGUAGAAGAAGUUGAUUAAAUCUCAGUAUCAUUCCUAUUUAGAAACUUUUUAUCACAAAUACUCAUAGAAAUCGUUUAUAAUUUAAAUUAAUUUAGAAUAAGUGAUUAUUUAGUUUUGUAAGUUUUAUAUUUUUAAUAAGAUCUCAAAUAAAGAGAAAUUUGUUUUAUGUUAAAACAAACAAUAUGUAAACAUAAA